AUGUCGAUACCUCUGGUCGACAUCGACGCCAACCCAAGGCAGCCAGGCUUUAAACCGUCCAAGAUGAGCUCAAAAAUCCCCAGUCCGUCCAAAUUUCAGCGCACUGGCAGUACAUGUCGUCGCAACCCCUUCUCUGUUGGCCCAACUGGCUCGCCUUGCUGCACUGCGACGCCCACGGACACUAAAGUUGUAAUCUCGCCAACGCCCACUUCUAAGCUCCCGCGCAAUCAGACGCCAACACAGAGUACCUUCUCGAAAAGCUACACGUAUGGCAGUAGACCUACAAUACCACGCACAAGCCUGCCAAGAUCCCGCAAUUUGCAGAAGCCAGCUGCUAUUACCGUGCCUCUGAGCUCGGGUUCGAUCAGGACCACUCCACCACUGCGCUGCAACAAGCCACUACCUAGUCCGCCCAUUGUACAGUUUGUUAACCCAGAAAGUCCGCCAAAAGCCCCACGCACGCUUGUCGAUGCUGAGGCCGGUACUCCCACGGAGGACGUGUGGCCAGUGCUCCAGCCCGAGAACAUACCGCCAUCAAGGUCACCUGCUCUCUCGACAGAUGGUAACUUGCCACAGCGAAGCGUGUCUGAGGGCUCAGCUCUGCGACGCAACGGUACCCCUGUGUCCAAGAGCCGCAUUACUACACCCUUAGUCAACAACCGUACACCAUUCCACACCCGCGAGUUGUCGGCUGAAGAAGAGCAGUUUAAUCCCCAGCGGCCCAGGCAUAUGCCGGUGCCCCGCGUUUUUAGUCCUGCAAACCCAUAUGCGAAGUCGUUUCACGCAUUCUCCACCGAUGCCAACAUGGCAAUCGACAGCCCCAUUGCUCACAAACAGCAAGCGUUACCUGCCGUAGCAAUUCCACCACGCAUCAGCUCUAAGCGUAACUCCUUGCCCUCACCAGAUACAGCAGUGGACGAAUUGCUCACACCACCAUCUGCUUCAGUUCGUCCCGCGCAGCCAGGAUGUACCAAGUGGCCAAUACUUGCCGCGGCUGAGGAGUCUGCGAAACCCCGAGUGACUGAAGAGGCGUGCGAGAAUAAGCAGUGCCUCAAUUCUGAGCCUGAAGACAACGGGCUCGUAUGUUUUGACGGUGCAGAUACAACAAAGUCAAAGUACGGCUCGAUCGAUAGCGUCUCCACUUGGAGCUUCGCUGCAGAAUCGUCCCUCGAUAAUGAAGCUGAAAUCGACUAUGAAGGCGCUGUUUGCGUUAAGCGCCUUGCAUGGCACUCUUCCAGCCUCGAAUCUGGGCCAACCUUGAGGAUAUCUGCAGAUGCAGAUACAGUCAUCCUGGGUCGAGACGACUCUAUUCCUGCGGUUCCCGCACUAUCGGAGCACAUGCUGCAAUCACAGGAGUAUUUUUCAGGCUCCUUACCUGGACGAGCCCCCAAGCUGGUCUGUGUCAACACGGAUGUCUCCGCUGAUUCGCGUACAUCGACUUCCUGUUCGACAGAAACGGAAACAAUUGGACGCAAGUCUGUUCAAAUCACGCCCAUCAGGUCCAUGCAACCGCCUCGCAAGUCUAGUACGGGAGACCUGUCCGCAAAAUUCCCUUCACUGGGCACAGCAGCAUCAAGGGAGAUCGGGAUAGUAAAAAAAUCCUCGACGAUGUCCACGGUGGACUGGUCAGUCAUGCAGCCAGAGUCGAGCACGUCACCUCCCACAUUGGAAAUGCGUCCAAGAAACGACUAUGGGGCCGGGAACUACUCAACAACGCUGCAAGACGGAGCUCGACAGAAUGCUAUGCAGGUGCCGGGUACGGACGCAGCUACUCCACCGUCGAUAAUCCGCGAACGUCUGCCGAUGACUUGGAUGACAUCGAAGUCUGGCACUUUCACCCUGAAAAAGUCGGAGGCUACAGGUAGUAAGGCCAGUCCAUCACUUCGAUCGACCAAAUUGGUCAACAAUCGAGUGUCUACUAUCUCGACCCACUCGCCUAGCUCCACUUCUUCCGAUCUGGCACACUCAGGUCUAUCACGAGCUAGUGCUCGCCAGAUGGCUCCGUCUCGACUGGAAGUCUCAGAGUCGGUACCACAAGAUGUCAACUCGAUUUUCCGCGACGGUUUUAGCAAGGAAACUCGUAUUGACGAGCAAGCUGCAGCGGGAAAGACUCCGAAGAUUAGGGCAAAGCACAGCUUCCAAAAUAUCUUUGGCAGACGUAAGACUACGCAACAGCUGGCCAAGAACCAGGGCUCUAAGCGCUCUUCUGUCACUGGCAAUGCCCUAGCCCAGCGCAUUAGAAACUCAAAGAACUUCUCCAAAAUUAGCUUGGCGAGACCGCCUGCGGCUAAGACCGGGUCCAAAGAAAACUCUGGAGAUUGUCCGGACAGCGUUGGGGUACUGAGCACAGAGCAAGAUCCUCGGGCCGCAUUACCUGCUCUCGAGUAUGCCCUCGAGGCUACCUCGGCCGAGACUGCGCCUACUGCCCAGCGUGAUACUGCAAAAGUAAUUGACAACAUCCUUGAACGCGUCACUUCGAUGAAGAAAGACUCUCCAGAUAUCUUGCGUGGUCUCGAAAUCGCGGAGGCUGUCCUUCAUGCUGUCGCAUGCUCCAUGGAAGCAAAUUUGAGCGCUGAACUAGCCAGGAAGCACGCUCGCGAUGCAGAGCUGAAUGCUGAGCGUGCGGGUGUCGAAUUGAAGCGUCUGGAACAGCUGUGCGAGCCAGACUUCGACGACGAUACAAUGCAGGCGAUCAGACAGCUCAUUAUGGCGGCUGGUAUUGUCUCGCCCAACACCGCAGCCGAAGAUUGA